AUGACUAUGUUGUGCGAAAGAAGCGGGAAAUAUCAAACUCCUCUCCAGAAUUUUAAGAGAGAAGACACGGGUAGUAGAAAAUGUGAGUUUCCGUUUAAGCUUUGUCGUUACAUGUUGGCUAGAAAAAAAUGGAUAUUUAAUUUCAUGUGUGGUGUGCAUAACCAUGAUUUGUGCUUAAAAUUAGUCGGACAUCCUAGUGUAUGUCGGCUCAAGCCAGAGGAGAAGGUAUGUAUUAGUGAUAUGACCUUGAAUCUUGUCCAACCGAAAAAUAUACUUGCAAUAUUAAAACGGAAGCAAACCGACAAUAUAUCAAACAUCAAGCAAGUGUAUAUCAUUCGGUACCUCUCUAACAAGGUGAUUAGGGGAGAUAAAACUGAGAUACAACAACUGUUGAAACUCUUGGACGAUAGUAGUUACGUGUCCCAGUACCAAACUUGCGAUAAUGGAGUUAUGGUUAGAGAUAUUUUUUGGACUCAUUUGAAUUCGAUAAGGUUGUUCAACGCGUUUUUGACAGUGCUCAUACUUGAUUCUACCUACAAGACCAACAAGUAUAGACUUCCAUUAUUUGAGAUGGUUUGUGUUACCUCAACCGAGAAGACAUACUCCGUUGGUUUUGCAUUUUUAGAGUGUGAAAAAGAGGACAAUUUUACUUAG